GGGACACCUGCGGCCGCGGUGUCUCCUGAACAGUGCUCGGGGGGCCGUGGGAGAGGCGAAUCUGCUGCUUUACAUAGCGGGGCCUCUGCAUUCCAGUAAUUGCUACUUGGUUUGACCCUCGUUUGGUUGUAUGUGCUGUGGCUGAGUUAUUACCCUGGUGAACCGCCUCUUGUCGCGAAGAUAAUCCCGUACACACAGCCCGGCAUUUCUGUGUUUCCACUACAAGGAUCUCUAGGAGUGUCACGUAACAAGUGAAAACUUUCAUGUGAAAACAGAAAAUGGCUUCAAGAGGAACAACAGAGACCAGCAAACUAAAACAAAACUUGGAGGAGCAGUUGGACAGAUUAAUGCAGCAGCUUCAAGAUCUGGAAGAAUGCAGAGAGGAGCUGGAUGCAGAUGAGUAUGAGGAGACCAAAAAAGAAACUCUGGAGCAGCUGAGUGAGUUCAACGACUCCCUGAAGAAGAUCAUGUCUGGAGAUAUGACUUUGGUGGAUGAGCUCAGUGGGAUGCAGCUGGCAAUACAAGCAGCCAUCAGCCAAGCCUUUAAAACCCCAGAAGUGAUUAGAAUGUUUGCAAAGAAGCAGCCGAGGCAACUGAGGACGAGGUUGGCAGAGAUGGACCGAGACUUAAUGGUUGGGAAGUUGGCACGAGACCUGUACACCCAACAGAAAGUGGAAAUCCUGACUGCCCUCAGGAAGCUUGGUGAGAAGCUCACUGGGGAUGAUGAGAUGUUCUUGUCAGCAAAUGCUGGUACAGCCCUGAGCCAGUUUGAGAGAGUCUCCACUGACCUUGGAUCAGGAGACAAAGUCUUUGCUCUAGCAAGUGUUGAAGUAGAAAAGGCAAAGCAAUGAAAGGGUGUGUGAGGCUUGUGUCUCUCCAGUUAUCAACAGCAUUGGACUUCUGUCACACUGCAUUUGGGUUUUCUAUUUCCAGCAUGUUGUAAAAAAAAGCAAAGCAAAACAAAAAAACUCCAAAUCCUAAAACCUCUUGGGUUCUUAACCAGAAGAUAUGAAGUAAACAGCCUUAAGUGCACUUUGGAACCUUGGUGUCUGUACCCCUUAAGUAAUACAAGCUCUGAGGCUGAACACUGAGUGGAACUCUAGAAACAAAAGCAUGGUAUGUCUGUCUUGGGAAAGAAUCAGCUGUUUGGAACUUUUCUGAAUGUGUAUUUCUCUAACUAUUAAAAACUUCAUCUUUUUGCAUGUG